AUGUCUCUACUCAGGCAGCGGCUGGCUACCUACGGCUACUGCGCCAGCCCUGUCACCGCUCCCGCCGCCUCCUCGCAUGCUACGGACCCGGAGGACACAGGGCCACCCAAGGGCGAGACAUAUCCCAUCUCUAAUCCUAUCGCAAUCAACGAGUCCAAGGCUGCCGAGGUAGCGCAAGCCAGGCUGCAAGGAUCGACGUUUGCGCUUUACUGCAAGUCAAACGGCACAAACACGAUCGUCUCUGCUACCCGACCGACCGGGCACAUCCUCCGGACGUUCACCGGAGGUAGCCUCGGGUUCAAGGGCACCAACCGGUCGAGCUACGAGGCCGGCUACCAGUGCGCGACGGCGGCCUUCCAGGUGCUCGAGAAGGCCAUGGAGACGGAGAGGGAUCCGAAGUGGCGGUUGUACUUGAAUGGGUUUGGGCAGGGAAGGGAGGCGGUGAUGAAGGCCAUCACGUCGUCGGAGGGGGAGGAUUGAAGAUAAACUGAUCAAGGUGAUUGACAAGACGCCUAUAAAGAUGGAGGUACAAGAGCAAAGAAGAUGAAACGGCGGUAGUGCUGCACGGUUGCACUCCUGCUCUGACGCUGUGCAUUUGCUGUUCCGUCGGGCGUCGGGCUCCUACACUACACCUCUCACACGCGGCUAAUACCUUGCAUAUGAGACGGUCCCUUACCGCCAAGGUCCGACUCUGGGUGGGCUAGAGCUACUGCUGCCGACAAACUUAGCACCGGGUGUAAUGACCUGCGUUCACGCAGGAUGAUAAUGGAAGGUGGUCUAAUCUUGCAUGUCCGCGGAUGGAGUCUACUAUUCAGAUUGUGCGAUACACUGGCGAGAUCCUUCACGUUCUCCUAUCUUCGUCUGCGCGUAGGUAUGGGCGAGG